CGCAGAAUGAUGACGUUUCUCGUGACCAGCGUUCAGUAACUUCGCCACUAUUCUACACAUUGUUUAUGUAUAAAAUAAACCCUCUUCUUUGGACUUAUCCUCCGCCUAGAUGGCUCACUCAUGUUAACUAACGUGACGAAAGCCCUGCUGUCAUGCCUCCCACCAUGACUCAGAUCAGUGAUCCAAAGAUUGCUUUUGCCUACCUCCGCCCGGCAUGUGUCCUGCUCACCCGAGAGCCCACUGUGACCAACGUGGACACUCUGAGCACCCAGCUGAAAGAAGUCAACGACGCUACACUGCAGCAGCUCCAAGACUAUGUUCUGUUCCCUCUUCGUUUUGUCCUCAAAGUCCCCGGGCCGAAGAAAGACAAGCUCGUUCAGGCGGUGGCUGAGGCCAUCAGCUACGUCCUAGAAAACACUUGUGUCCAGAGCUGGGAGACCCUGCAUGACCUCCUCUCUGAGCUCUGCCUCUGCCUGUGCUCUCCAACCGACCUUGGGAAACCUGCAGAUACAUCAGAGGAGCUACAGUCAGCUGUGCUGAGGUGCCUAACUGCACUUCUUCAUGCUGCUUAUGGUGAUAUAGUCUUCAAACUCUUUGAACCCAUUAUGCUGCCCGGACUUGGAGCUACCGUGUCCCUGCUGCUGGCUUUAGCAGAGAAGACAAAAUCUAGAGAUAUUCAGGUAUCAGCGUUGAAGUGCCUCCAGGCUCUGACUCUGCAGUGUGACUGUGAUCAGGACCACGUAGUACCAACCUCAGAGGAGAGAUGCAUGGUAGGCAGCAUCGUGGCCUCGUUCCUACCUGGGAUCACUGUGACUGUAGCCAGGAUCAUUACAGGAGACCUGAGACAAGGCCAUGGAGUAACAGUCAGGGCCAUCAAGGUUUGGUCCAGGACUGUGGGGCUUGUCUUGGAUGACGCUCAGCUUCAGGACGCUGAGUCCAAUAAGACACCAUCACCAGAACUGGGGAGAAUCGGCCAGCUCGUGGUCCAUCGAACAAAAGACUGGGUGAAGAAUACAGCAGUGAAGCUGUGUGUGCUUCUGAAGAAGAUCAUCGCCUGCACCUCUGCUCACCAGCACUGGAGGGUCAGACUGGAGAUGGUGGAGCUGGAUGACCACCUGCUGGACAGGUGUAGCCAGUCCCUGAAACAGUGUGUGGGACCCCUGCUGGAGGCGCUGGUGGGAGCCGUCAAUGAUGAGGAGCCCAGAGUCAGAGAGAGGUGUGAGGUCGCUCUCAGAGCCGUGUCUCAGACAAAUCAGAGCUGUAGCAGCAGAGGUGAUAAAAGUAGCAGGGCUCAGACCUUCACUGACGUGCUCUCAGAGAAUCUCCACUCGUUGGCCACCUCGCUGCCCAGACUGAUGAGGACCUCGGAUGACCAGAAGAAGCUGUUUGUCCUCAACGUGUUUCUGGGUUACAUAAAACUGCUGGGACCGCUUGUCUCUGUGGUGCUAAACUCCGCAACACAUUUAGAGAGGAUUUCCAAAGCGUUAAUGCAGGUGCUGGACCUGGAUGUGAUGGAUGUUCGCAUCGUGGAGGAGAGGAGUUAUGCUGCGACCAUAGAGACGACCCCCGGCUCUGCUGAUUCAUGCUUUGCUCGCACGCAGAGGAAACACUUUCUCUACUUCACAGAUGAGAAGAUCUUCUCUGUUCUCAUGGAGAUCUGUCGGACUCUGGGUUACUAUGGCAACCUCUAUCUACUGACAGAUCACUUCCUGGAUCUGUACCAACAGUCUUCGUCAUACAGAAAGCAGGCGGCCAUGGUGCUGAAUGAGAUUGUGAGAGGCGCUGCAGGCAUUGAUGUGGAGACAGAGGGUCAGAGUUUGACGGGUCAAGUCCGUGGACACUCGGUGAACCAGGAAGACCUCACAGCUGCAGUGGCGUCUGUGAUGGAGGAAUACUUAAGUCUGAAGAACUGGCACUUAAUGACUGUGAGUGAAGAGACGGAGAGGGACCGACAGGACCAGCAGCUUCUCAGCCCAUCCAGACUGCUCUCCAUAUCCAACAGCGAUUUCAGCAACUCUGACUCAAACUGUCUUCAAGUGAUUUCUUCUAAAAUAAACUCUCCGUGCACCUCAACGUCCACCUCCACGAUCCACCAGCUCAACAGUAACAUCUGGCAGCUGUGCAUCCAGCUGGAGGGCAUCGCCUGCUUUGCUCAAACUCUGGGGCGGGACUUUCGUCCAUUAUUGAUGACAUCACUGUCCGUUCUGGAGAAAGCUGGGGAGGAGACUCUUUUGGUGAGCCAGGCGGCGCUCGGCUCCAUGUGGGACCUCAGCAGAGCCUGCGGUUACUCCUCCCUGAAGGAGCUGAUCAAUGAGAACUCGGACUACCUGCUCAAUGACAUUUCGCUGAACCUGCAGAGGCUCAGCCAGCAUCCACAGGCUCCGCGGGUGUUGACAGUGAUGUUAACGCACUCUGACUGCAGCCUGCUGCCUCUGGUCGGAGACAUCGUUCAGGAUGUGCUGAUGGCUCUGGAUCUGAGCUACGACCACACAGCUGCUCUCUUCUGCUCCGUGCUGCACGCCCUCAUGAAGGCACUGGCGAGAUGGUUUCCCUCCAGUUGUGGUCGUACAGCGGAGUCCACCCAAUCUAAGAAAUCCUCCAGUCAUGAAGAAGUCUUCGACAUCCGCCAGUUCAUGCUGGAUUACAGCAAGCAGAAAGAGCUGGCAGAGGGCAUUGGAAUAGAGGAGGAUGCAUCCGUUGAAGAUCUAGAAGUCCCUCCCCCCAUGGAGUGUGAGGAAGAUGCUGAAGAUAUCUACGGUCCCGAUGUGAAACCAGAGCUCCCUCCUCACCUCAGCAUCACCAAAGACGUCAUGGAGCGCUGCAUCCAUCUGCUGUCAGACCCCAGCCUGAGGGUCCGACUCAAGGUCCUGGAUGUGCUGGAGCUUUGUGUUUGUGUUCUGAGCGAGAAAGAAAACGAGCUGCUGCCUAUGGCUCAUCGCUGCUGGCCCCCCCUCCUACAGAGACUCACAGCUGACGACCCUUUAGCCGUCCUCAGAGCCUUCAGGGUGCUGUGCACUCUGGGUGAUACGUGUGGGGACUUCCUGAGGAGGAGGGUUUCUAAAGAAGUUCUGCCCAAACUGAGCUCCUCGCUGACACGACAGGCUCCGAUUAGCGCCAAAGCCGGACCCGUCUACACACACACCCUGGCCUACAAAUUACAGCUGGCUGUUCUUCAGGGGCUGGGCUCACUGUGCCAGAGGCUGGACCUGGGUGAAGCAGAUCUGGACGCUGUUCGUGAGGCCUGCCUGCCCUACCUGAGCUCUAGGCAACCAAUCAGAGUGCAAGAGGCCAGCGUGAGCGUUUUCCGACACUUAAUCCAGGUGGAUCCGGAUGCCUUGUGGUUCACUCUGAAUGAGCUUCACUGCCCGACUUCCUACGUCCCGCCUCACCCCGACCUCCAGCCGGUGCAGCUGAGCGGAAUGGGCCGACCGAGAGACGAGUACUCGGAUAACGUGCUGAAGCUGCUGCGGGAGGAAUUUGGCUCGCUUGCUGAGGCGGUCGACCAGCCAGGCCUCGCUAAUGAGCCAGUGAUUGAUGUGACUGACUGAUCUCGCUCAAACAGACGGCUCGCCACUGACUCUAGCAAGUCAAUUAACUGAAGGAAAAAAAUCUGACAAUUGUGCCAAACAGCAGCCAUCAGAUGUGCUCUGUGAUAACCUUCAUGGUGUAAACAGCUCUGAUAAGGAGCAAAGGGUACAAAGGGAAAAAUGUCAAUGAAGCAGUGUCUCCUGCCGUUCACUCUCCUGCUGCAGAUGUCUGUAGCAGGAACACUUCAGACAGCUCUUUUACAUCAGGAGACAUGCAGUGACAGCGCUGAAGGCUCUUAUUUCACCACAAGGCUCAGACUGAGAUUUACCUUUUCCAUUCAGUCUUCUGUUCUCUGUUUAUAUUCAUGUCUUUUUUUUAUUUUAUUAAGAAUAUGUUAUAUUCAAGAUGUAGAUCUGAACACGUGGGAUCUUUUAAUCUUGCUCUUGGCCCAGAUAAAGAGACUGUUCAUGAUCCUUAAAGCUUCAUUAAAAGAACACACAAAAUGCU